AUUCACCAUGUCGUCCAGCACCAAUCCGACUGUAGUUCCAAAUAGAGGAAGUCAUACCUCUACAAACGCGUCUCAGGAUAUCGCAGAGCCCAAUGAGAGCAAUGAAUCAGGCAACACCGCCAACCACAAUUCGUCAACCGUAUGUCGAAUCUAGGAUCGUUUCCCUCGACGUAGGGAGUUCUGCAACUCGUUUCUUAGUACACAGCUGGAUGCUGCGGAAAAGUGCUCCCCUCUUCGCACUGGCUUCGAAUGAUCAGCCUGUGUCUUUGCCGAAACUCCACGAAGGGCCAGCGCAUACCUUGAUCCAUCAUCUGUACGCGGGAACGUUUGAGAGGAAGAUUCGCUACGCGCCUGUUGGAAAAUUUAGGCAUUCUACUUGCGUCUACUGCGCUGCCGUACAGUAUCAGCUGCCCGACCUUGCGGAGCUCUCAAAGGAUGAGAUCGUUCAGACGGGUCAAGGUUUAUCGAUCUUCGACAUACUCAGAGUUGCCAGAGAUCAAACGUUCACCCUGCUCCCCGAAGGCGAUGCGUGGUACUCAGAGUACCUCGAAGAUGCCAUAAAGAAGGCUAUGGCGAAAGACCCCGAGCCUUUCCAACGACCAGAUUUCAUCACCAGAGUCGAAGGCAACAGCCGUCUGCUGCAAAUCGUCUGGAAGACUGUUAUGAGCAACUAUGCUGCGGUCUCAGCUCCGACCACCGCUCUGCAACCUCUUGACAGCGGUGCCGUAACACCGAUAGCUGAAAGUAUGGCCACUGAUAGCGAGGUCCCUACCCAGGAUAGUUUGCACCAGCUACCUUCGCCGACUGAAUCUGUUGUGAACAGCCCAAUUACCUCGAGAGAAGGGGAUGACCUGAACGAGACGGAUUCUCUUGAUCUCGAGUCCAGCGCUUCGAAUCUUGAGACCAGCGCAUCCACACAUCCCAGGGAGAACAAUCUCAGCGUAUCCAGUGAUGUUACUUCAAACGAUGACUUCGGUCUCCCAGCCAUUGAGCCCACCUUUGGCCAGUCUGAAGUACUAAAGACCGUCGCCGCCCCGCCAGCCAAAGUGAAGAAAGCAGAACACGUGCGAGCCGACUCAGUGGUAGAGGCGGAAGCAGUCGCACCUGACAACAGCUUCGAUGACGCGAAGCAAGCAGUUCUCAAUGAAACUCCUCCCACCAUCGCCAACGGCACUAAUGACCCGGUGAAGAAGAGUAAGAAGAAGGCAAAGAAGAAGAAUUCGUCAAUCACCUUUUAGCAGCUGAAAACUUAGCAUAUCGUCUUUGUGCAGGUGGCGAUUGGUACACGCAUGGUUGGCAGAUCAGAAGAACAAUACACAAGCUAAGGAGGCGCCUGGC